AUGGCUUUCCAACAUAGUACCUGUGAAAAAAAAAAUGGUCAAAUCCGUUAUUGUGUGGACUUUCGCAACCUGAAUAAGGCAUGCCCAAAAGAUGAGUUCCCCUUGCCCAAUAUCAACCUCCUUGUAGAUUCAACUGCAGGAAGCUCUAUGUUCUCGUUUAUGGAUGGGUACAGUGAGUACAAUCAAAUUUGCAUGACUGCUAAAGAUGCAGAGAAAACAGCUUUCACAACUCCAAUCGGAAACUUUUAUUACACUGUAAUGCCUUUUGGCCUAAAAAAUGCGGGGGCUACGUACCAGCGAACCAUGACAGCUAUCUUUCAUGACAUGAUGCAUGAGGAGAUGGAGGAUUACGUAGAUGAUAUUGUGGUCAAAUCAAAAACUAGAACAAGACACCUUCGGGUACUUGAACAAGUUUUUGAAAGAUGCAGGAAGUACAAACUACGCACGAACCCUAUGAAAUGUGCCUUCAGGGUGUUUACUGGAAAGUUCCUUGGGUUUCUAGUACAUCACAAAGGCAUAAGUGUAGAUCCAGCCAAAGCCACAACCAUCGCCACAAUGAAAAGACCGACAACGGCGAGGGAGCUCAAAAGCUUCCUGGGAAGGGCAAUAGGAGCCUUGCUAACACAGGAAGAUGACUAUGGGAACGAGCAACCUAUUUAUUACGUAAGCAGGACACUUAAAGACGCCGAGACCAGGUACCCCAGAAUAGAGAAAGCCUGCCUAGUAAUUAUCUACGCAUCCCAAAGGCUAAAAAGGUAUUUCUCAGCUCACCAGAUCCUUUUGGUGACUAAGUCCCACCCCAUAAAGGCACUCUUACACCAGCCCCUUCUCACGGGAUGGAUAACACAAUGGCUAGUCCUACUCUCUCAAUAUGACAUAAGCAUCAGAACCCCCAAGGCUGUCAAAAGCCAAGCCAUAGUAGAUCUGCUGGCUCAGUUCCCAAGAAAGGAAGAAAGCCCACUGAGUGAAGAAAUCCUGGGUGAGGUGGCAGUGACAGAGAUCCCAAGAAAGAAAUGGACAAUGAGAUUCUAUGGGUCAGCUACAACAACUUCAAAUAGGGUAGGAGUCGUACUAAGCUAUGAGAAUGGGGACACCAUACCCUUGUCUUUCAAGCUUGGGUUCUCAUGCUCUAAUAACACAACUGAAUAUGAGGCGUACUUGACCGAGCUGACUCUAGCGCUCAGUAUAGGAGUAAAGCAUAUGAGAGUAUUGGGAGACUUCAAUCUUGUAGUUUCCCAGGUGAAAGGUAACUUUGCGCCAAGAGAACAAAGUUUAGCAGCCUACAGGACUUGGGUGCAAAGGCUGGAGCUGGAAUUCCAGACCUUUAGCAUAGAGUACACUCAAAGAAGUGAAAAUAGGUUUACUGAUGCGCUCGCCACCUUGGGAUCCCAAAUACCAUUCAAAGGAAGGGACACGCUGGUAAGGAUAGGGAAGCAAGAACAUUCUAUCAUAAGGAUCCUCCAAGAGAUGUACCCUGAAGAGUCCAAGCAGUGGGACUGGAGGAGCGAAGUCAAAGAAAAAAUGAAAAACGCAGGAUCUAGAGGGAACAUCAAAGAACUGAAGGAUUACACUCUAAUAGAAGGGGAAUUGUACAGAAGGCUGCUUGGAGGAAUCUUAUCCAGGUGUAUCAAUAAGAUGGAAGGAAAUUUGAAGCUAGAAGAACUACAUACCCAAGCCUGUGGGAUCACAGAAAAGAUUAGCCUAUAUAGAAGAAUGCAACGUUUGGGAUACUACUGGCCGAAUAUGAACAAAGAGGCAGCAACCAUACAGGAAAAAUGUCAAGAGUGUCGGCUUGCGAUAGAUAAGGAAGAAAGCUAUGCUGUGUUUGUUGCAGAAGAUUGGAGAAUUUCCUUCAUAGAAUACUUGGCUCAAGGGAUCCUACCAACUGAUAGGACACUAGCCCACCAGCUCAAGAAACUUGCAGACAGGUUCGGGAUCCCCAAGAGAUUGAUCAAUGACAACGAGACCCCGUUCAUAAAUAAAGACAUGAAGGGGUUGACUGAGGCAUAUUACAUCAAGCAUAGAAGGUCUACCCCAUACUACUCACAAGGAAACGGCCAAGCUGAGGCCACUAAUAAGGUGAUAUUGAAGAUCCUUAAAAAGAUGAAGCACGAGUAUGGAGGGAAAUGGAGUGACUAUUUGGCAUAUGUACUUUGGGCAUGCAAGAGCUCUGUAAAAACAACCACGGGAUUUUCGCCAUUUUCUCUAGUCUAUGGAAUAUAA